UUAUUUCGUCUCAGUUAAAGGGGAAGUCCGGUCAUUUUUCAAAAUUUGUGUGUUGAAUAAACACCAUCGUGUUAUUAAUUUCUGCAAAAUCUUUUUUAAAAAUUCGUAUUACAAAUGAUAUAAAUGUCUAUCAAAGUUUAGGAUUGUUACUGUUUUUUUUCAAACGACGCCAUCUUUUUGUUGUUAUCAUCGAGGUCUGGGCUCUAAUGUUUAUCGUGACGUAUUUUAUGACAACAGCUUUCUGCACGCCGGAAUACUUCAGUUGUCGAUUACACCACUUCAAACAAGUCAUAAAUGUACCAUUGAUUUUACUGUUAUCAUGGUUACUUGUGGUGCUUUAAAUUGUGGUAACUCUUCCACCAAAAAAUCGGUAGCUGAUGUAAAAGGGUGGCAUAACGUUCCCACCGAAAAAGAAAAUAAACAACGUCGUAAGAAAUGGCUAGCAGCUAUGAAGCGAGAUCCACCAUAUCCAGCAGACACGAAUUUCGUUCUUUGUGGUAUGCAUUUCACGUCCGAAUGUUUUCAACGCGAUCUCAAGGCGGAGCUCUGUGGCUCUGUGAGAAAGUUUAUAUUAUUACCAAACGCUCGACUUGCGAAGGAGAUCCAAUAUUAUUGAAGGAAAAGUGGCAGAGUUUACUCUGUCAUAUCCGUGGGGUACAUUAUUGGGUAAAUAAUACGCUAUAUCAUAAAUGUGCUCAUGAAGAACUUACCCUGCUACAACAAGCUCAGAAGAAGUGGUUAACUGAAGAAAGCCCUGCUUACAUCGCCCUGGAGAAAAUUGUUAAUGAAAAACAGCUACUAAACGAUUUAAAACACGUAGCUGAUUUCAAGCACACUGGACAGCUCGAGGUUUACCAUUCCCUGUUGAAUAAGUACUGUCCCAAACGCUUAGCAUUCUCGUACGCUGGGAUGGUUGCUAGGACGCAACUAGCUGUGCUUGACCACAACUCGGGUGUAGAACGACAACAAGCCACUACAUCCGAUGGGAGGUUGAAGUUCAAAGUUUCUUUCACCAAAAUUACGAAGGAGUGGGUGGCAAAAAAAGUAAUGGAUCCGAAAGAAAAGAAAUACCAAGAGGACUUGAUGAAGGAAGUGUUUGAUUUGGUUCAAAAAAUCAAAGCUCCUAUAUUUUUUAAGUUGCCUGAAACACCCAGAAAUAUUGCAUUAAAAAUAAACCCUGGGAAGGAAGUUGUUGUCUCGAAUAUGCGUUCAAGAUUUACCUAAAAGUAACCCCCAGGUUUAUAAAUGAUAUUUAGCAUUACAUCAAGAAACGCUUAUUUUACAAUUCCGGGGGACAUUUGUUAUAUUUUAAAAACAUAUAUUGUAAAAAUUUCAUUCAUCAUCUUUACAAUUAUACAUGUUCUUAUACA